AGGCCGAAUGCAAACACAGAGGGGUGCUAGACCUGCACGGCCUCACGCUGUCGGCCUUGCUCCAUUGCUUCGCCCCUGGCUUUUGGCCAGUGGACUCGUCCUAAGGGGUCGGGGGCGAGACGCGCGCACUGGCGGCCGGCCUCCAGUGGACCUGCGGCUUUUCCCCACCGAGCUAGAAGGAGCUAGAGAUGCUAUUAGGCUGCCAUUUUAUCAAACGUGAGAAGUCAGCCCAGAGAUGGAAAACUUCAUUCUGUAUGAAGAGAUUGGCAGAGGAAGCAAGACAGUUGUCUACAAAGGGCGACGGAAGGGAACAAUCAAUUUUGUAGCUAUUCUCUGUACUGAUAAGUGCAAGAGGCCUGAAAUAACCAAUUGGGUUCGUCUCACCCAUGAAAUUAAACACAAGAAUAUUGUAACUUUUCAUGAAUGGUAUGAAACCAGUAAUCAUCUCUGGCUAGUCGUGGAACUCUGCACAGGUGGUUCCUUAGAAAUGGUUAUUGCUCAAGACGAAAACCUCCCAGAAGAUGUUGUAAGAGAAUUUGGGAUUGACCUGAUUACUGGAUUACAUCAUCUUCAUCAACUUGGCAUUCUCUUUUGUGACAUUUCUCCUGGGAAGAUACUCUUGGAAGGGCCUGGCACACUGAAGUUUAGUAAUUUUUGCUUGGCCAAAAUGGAAGGUGAAAAUUUGGAAGAAUUCUUUGCAUUGGUGGCAGCAGAAGAAGGAGGAGGUGAUAGCGGGGAAAAUGUACUGAAGAAAAACAUGAAAAGUAGAGUCAAAGGAUCCCUUAUCUAUACAGCUCCAGAAAUUGUGAGGGGUACUGACUUCUCCAUUACCAGUGACCUCUGGUCCUUGGGCUGCCUGCUCUAUGAAAUGUUUUCAGGAAAACCUCCGUUCUUCUCAGAAAGUUUCUCAGAAUUAGUUGAAAAGAUUUUUUAUGAAGAUCCUUUGCCACCUAUUCCAAAAGAUUCUUCUCGUCCUAAAGCUUCUUCAGAUUUUAUUAAUUUGCUUGAUGGUUUACUUCAAAAAGAUCCUCAGAAAAGAUUAACUUGGGCAGGACUACUGCAGCAUUCAUUUUGGAAGGAUGCUUUCACUAGAAAAGAUCAGGACUCAAGCAACGAGGAUUCCAGUGUCAGCAGAAACCUGGAGUAUUCUGGGUCACAAGAUUCCAAGGAGCUUCUCAAGAGCCCUCAUUGUGGACAAGCAAAAGGGGAGAAGAGUGGUGAGCAGCUCAGUCACUCGUUUAGACUAGAAAAUCCAUCUGAGUUGCGGCCUAAGAGCACUCUUGGGGGUCAGUUGAAUGAGUCCAUGUUUCUUCUCAGUUCUCGUCCGACUCCAAGAACUAGCACUGCAGUGGCAUUAAAUCCUGGUGAGGCUAUGACUCAAAAUUCACCACAGAAGACUUCUCCCUUGACCAAAAUUACAAGUGGACACCUGAGUCAGCAGGACCUGGAGACCCGGAUGAGAGAGCUUAUCUACACAGACUCAGAUCUUGUCAUCACCCCAAUUAUUGACAAUCCGAAGAUAAUGAAACAACCACCAAUUAAAUAUGAUCCAAAAAUAUUGCAUCUACCAGCACAUUCAGUGGAUAAAUUAGUAUUUCUAGAAGACCAAGAUUGGAAUGACUUUCUGCAACAAGUGUGCUCACAGAUCGACUGCCCCGAGAAGAGCACAGGGGCCUCCCGAGCCAAGCUGAAUCUCCUUUGCUACUUGUGCGUGGUGGCCGGGCACAGGGAGGUGGCCACCAGGCUCCUCCACUCACCCCUGUUCCAAUUGCUAACCCAGCAUUUGCGAAUAGCUCCAAACUGGGAUAGAAGGGCCAAGGUAGCUCGGUUGAUUGGUUUACUGGCCUCGCACACAACGGAGCUCCAGGAAAAUACACCUGUCAUUGAGGCAGUUACUCUCUUAACCGAAUUAAUUAGGGAAAACUUCAGGAACAGCAAAUUAAAACAGUGCCUUUUACCAACCCUGGGGGAGCUGAUCUAUCUUAUAGCCACCCAGGAAGAAAAAAAAAAGGAGCCCCGAGAAUGCUGGGCUGUUCCCUCGGCUGCAUACACGGUGCUAAUGAGGUGCCUUCGGGAAGGGGAAGAACGUGUCGUGAAUCACAUGGCAGCAAAGAUUAUUGAAAAUGUCUGCACUACCUUUUCCGCUCAGGCCCAGGGCUUUAUUACAGGAGAAACUGGGCCUGUUUUAUGGUACCUAUUCAAACAUUCUACCAUUGAUUCUCUUAGGAUAACUGCAGUAUCGGCCUUGUGUAGAGUCACUCGCCAUUCUCCUACUGCCUUCCAGAAUGUUAUUGAGAAGGUGGGACUGACCUCAGUAAUAAACACCCUGGCCUCUGCCAUCUGCAGAGUCCAGCAGUACCUGUUGACCUUAUUCAGUGCUAUGCUGUCCUGUGGGAUUCAUCUUCAGAGGCUAAUCCAAGAAAAGGAUUUUGUCUCUACAAUUAUCCGUUUACUGGACAGCCCCUCGACAUCCAUCAGAGCAAAAUCCUUCCUGGUUCUUCUGUAUAUUUUGAUUCAUAACCACGAGAUGCUGCUGCUCAGCUGCCAAGCACGACUGGUGAUGUACAUCGAGAGAGACAGCAGAAAGACCACUCCAGGCAAGGAACAGCAGAGCGGCAAUGAGUACCUGUCCAAAUGCCUGGACCUGCUCACCUGUCACAUCGUGCAGGAACUGCCGCGAAUCCUGGGUGACAUUCUGAACGCCUUGGCUAACGUUUCUGGUCGUAAACACCCAUCCACAGUUCAAGCGAAGCAGCUGAAGAUGUGUCUCCCCCUCAUGCCUAUAGUGCUUCACCUCGUAACGUCUCAGGUAUUUCGACCUCAGGUUGUAACAGAAGAGUUCCUUUUCAGUUACGGAACUAUUCUCAGUCAUAUUAAAUCAGUAGACUCAGGAGAAACUAACAUAGAUGGAGCCAUAGGACUGAUGGCAUCAGAAGAAUUUAUCAAGAUCACCCUGUCGACUUUUGAAGCAGUGAUACAGUAUCCUGUUUUAUUGAAAGACUAUUGCUCUACGGUCAGUUCUGGCGACUUUGGAGAAAGAUACUUCUUUGUUUACUUGGUGGUUGAUUAUAUCCUGCCACCCUUGGUCUCCUUGGUUCAAAGCGGGAAUGUGGAGUGGAGACUCUUCAGCUUGCGGCUGCUCUCAGAAACCACAUCUCUGCUCGUGAACCAGGAGGUUGGUGAUGGCAAGAAGGAGGCGAAUGUCGACUCUGACAGCAGUCUUCUGGCUCUCAUUAGAGAUGUCUUACUUCCCCAGUACGAGCACAUCCUCACGGAGCCUGACCCCGUACCAGCAUAUGCUCUGAAGCUGCUAGUUGCCAUGACUGAACACAACCCAACUUUUACCAGACUUGUGGAAGAAAGCAAACUGAUCCCACGCAUUUUUGAUGUAAUUCUGGAACAUCAGGCGAACAUUCUGGGUAACACCAUGCAAAGUGUGGUUGCAUUGCUCAACAAUCUGGUCACCUGCAAAGAUCUGAAUAUGAAGCUCCUUUAUGAACAAGGACUGGUCCAUCAUGUCUGUAACCUGUUCACUGAAACUGCCACACUGUGCUUGGAUGUGGACAAUAAAAACAACAACGAGAUGGCAGCCGCCCUGCUAUUUUCCCUGCUUGACAUUUUGCACAGCAUGCUGACCUAUACCUCCGGAGUCGUGCGACUGGCUCUGCAGGCACAGAAGUCCGGCUCUGGAGGGGACACUCAGGCCGCAGAAGACCUGCUGCUGCUCGGCAAGCCUCUGACAGACCUUAUCAGCCUGCUUAUCCCGCUGCUUCCUAACGAGGAUCCGCAAAUGUUUGAAGUUUCAUCCAAGUGUCUGUCUAUACUGGUUCAGUUGUAUGGAGGAGAAAACCCAGACAGCCUGUCUCCCGAAAAUGCAGAGAAUUUUGCUGAAUUACUGACGUCCAAAGAGGACCCGAAGGAGCAGAAGCUUCUGUUGAGGACUCUCAGAAGAAUGUUCGUUGGCCAACAGUGCAGUGGCUUCCUUGGCCCUGGAGAUCCUCCAAGCUGCUGGACACUAGGCAAGAAGGCAUUUAGCACGAGCCCACUCUGCGGCACCCACCCUCAGCUACACACAUUCACCACGUGGCACCUACAGCUCUAUUUGGAUCUAAUAAAGUCAGCUGAACCCAGAACCUCUGGCUGAGAUGAUCUAACUCCAGACCCUAGAACACCCACUCAGAAUGGACCUCCUCGGUGCAUGUGUGAUGCAUCUGGGAACCCCAGGUUUGCUAGCUGUUCUCAGAAUGCUCUUUCCCUCUGUGUGGGCCCGGUAGGCCUCUGCUAAAGCCUGCACUGCCUGUGCUAGUCUAGGCCUGCCAGCAUCUAUAAGCAUCUUUCUUCUCUGGAGAAGAUUUAACAGGCAGGACUAGGCAGGAAUGCUCUCCCAGCUACAGCUCCAGAGCAAGCCGUUGGAAGUUAUAGUCUCUUCUCUUCCUCCUACUUUUACCUGCUUGGCUUUUCUUCAUUUCAGGGAUGAAGUGAUUCCAAGAAUCUUGGGGAGAACUGGGCAAGACUGCACUAACAGGAACAGGUGGUUAAAACUUUGCCUAAAGGAAUGCAAAACGCUCAAGGAACGCUGGCUUCCUUGAAGAUCUGCUCAUCUAGAUGGGAUGAUGGCAUCAAGGUAGAAUCACACCCCCAACUUCUACCAGUGACCCCCCUUAUCCUCGAAGCCUUUCCAGCGUCUUCCUCACACAUAUGCCCUUAGUGCCCCCCUGUGUAAGAGUCAAGCCUGUGAAAAUACUGGGUGGACACUGCGGAAAGGGGCUGGGACUGUUGUACUGAGGGAGGGAGGGGUGGACCCUGGGCAGCUUGAACCAGGUGAGCAAGUUGAGAACAUUCCUUGGCCUCCUCUCUGGGUCCUCUGUUUCCCCACCUGCAGAAUGAAAGGGCUCGACUAGAUCAGUAGCUGCAGUGCUCUGGGCUGCUUAGAGAGGGGAUCUGCCCCUUGACACACACCGCCUGAGCCCAGAUGGGCUUCUGUCCCAGGCAGCAGCCCCUAUGUGGGGGGAAUGGGCGGGGGACGCAGAAGCGGGAGGCACAGGGGCACAAAGGCGGCCCCACACCUACUGCAUCACGGGAAGCUGGGCACACUGUCGCCAACAGGCCCACUUUGCCGCGGUGAUCUGGGUAAUGUGCCAGCUUCCAUUUGGCUUUGUAACGAACACAGCAGCUCCGUGCCCCCCUCCGUCAAAGGCGUGGAUGUCACUUACCUUAUUUAAACCUCACCACCUGCCAAGCAGACCUUCUUAUCUCCAUUUCAUAGGUGAGAAAACUGAGGCUCAGAGGAGCCAGUCCACUUGCCCAAGGCCCCACUGCUGGGUUGAACUCGGGACUCGGACUCCACAGCCUGUGUGUCUGCCAGUGGGAUGUCCAGAGUCGAGCUGAGUAGCAGGGGUGUAAGGGGGAACCCCACCCAGGAGCAGGCAGUGUCCUUUGCUCUCAUAGCCUCCUAACUGCCCCACAGGAAGUCCUGCUGGGCAAUGUGCCCGCCCAUCACCAGGCUGUGCGCCCAGGUGGCCCUGGCCUGGCUGGAUUUGUUCCUGGGGUGGGGGAAGCUGAUGGGGAGCAGCUGGAGGCCUGGCCUUCAGCUCCUGUUGCUUUGCCUCUUUGGUCCAGGGAACAGGCACAGUUCUCCCUGUUUUCCCAGAAAAUCUGUUCUCUCUCCUUUCAUUCAGCUCUCAGGGGAAGCACCCUGGAGUUUUGGACCUAGAGUCCCCCAGAAGGUAUUUCAGAGCAAUCGAAUUCAUCUUUCUCUACCCUUUUGAGUUGAGCAGGGAGGAGUCUUUGCUGCUUAAGGUGAAAACAGGAGGAAAGUUUUAACAUUCCAGAACCAUGUUAAGUGGACCAUGCCUGGCCCCGAGUCCCACAGCCUUGCCUCUUUGAGGAAAGGCGUAUUUGAAUAGGCAAGGGGCAAGGAGGAGAUGGUCCCAAGCAGGGCUAGUACCCCACCAAGGGUGUUCAGCCCAGGGUGACAGGCGCUAAAGCUAGCCCACGCCAAGUUUUGCACCCUGGCAUGAGGCUAUGUCCUCUUGGAGUUAGGGGACCCUUUUUGUCCUUCUCACAAAGGUGCCUUAUGGAAAGCAGCAGCCCCAAUCCUAAUGAGCUGAGGUAGGGACAUGAGCAGUCUGGCUGAGUAGACAAGAGGGAGGCGGAGAGCAGUACCCUUCCCCUGCCCCACACGAGAGGCCCAUACCCUUUUGGGGCUUCCCCGGCUCCAGUUCUGAGAAGACCUGGGCCCCAGCCACCCAUCAGAGCUCUCAGGAUUCUCGCAGUGACCAGAGGCCCAGACCCAGGUAACUACCGGCCCUCCUCUUCCCACCACCUCCAAGCUUUAGCUGUUUGCUAAUUGGCUACAGUCCGUCGGCUGAGCCCCCCAGGGAUGAAUGGCAUCACUGAAGUUGCAGGGUGAGGGGGCAAAGGAGGCAGCAGGAGCAUGCCUUGCAUGGAGCGGAGCAGAGCGGACCGGUGAGUGGCUGCACCAGGCUGCCUUCUUUCCCUAACAACAGGCCCAAAGCUUUGAGACCUUGCCUCAACUUACAGCCUGAGAGUAGGUGCCCAGUGAGCUGUCCCUCUGUGACAAUCUAUCUGGGGUGACUCUGGCCUGGAGGGUAUCCUGAGAGGAACUGACAGUCAUCUGGCAGCUAAGCAAGUGGCUCUGUAGGACACAGCAACAGAAUUUACUGACUGACGGUUCUUUGGGCUUGUCUAGCUCUUCCUGUUUCCCAUAUUAUCAUGAGGUUUCCCCUAUUACCUCAUGAGGUUCUGAGGUCAAUUUUGUGAAUGCAAGGCAGCUCUUAGCCCUGUGGGACAGCUCAGAAGUGGAGGCUCUGGUGGCUAAGGCUUUUGUCCAUAGUGAGCGAUAGUGAGAGGACCUGGGUCUCUCCUGCCUCCACUUGAAGCAAAAUGCCCUUUAUUCUCCCUCCUCCAACAACAGAAAAAUAUGUAGAAAUAAAUCUCUCUGAUAAAGGACUUAUGCAGGGGCUGAGGUAGGAGCCUCAGGAGGGAACUGGUAGGGAAGGGGGCGGCAAGAAGCUACAAAAGCCCAAAGAGGCUUGGUCCCUGGGGAGACCUGUCUGGAGUGGGGUGGGGGCAAGACUCACUGAGUUUCAGGAGGCUUUGGCCCCAACAGCCUCAAGCUUCCAGGAGGCCGAGGGAGGGAAGGGGCAACAAGCACCAGCCUUGGCCCAGAAUAAGGACCAGGGCUGUGUGGAGUCUUGAUGUGACCUGGAAGAAGGCUGGCCUUUCACACCUGGCCUCUGGCCUCUCAGAGGCUUGAUGCUGAGGUGGCAGAGGAGGCCAGUCACCCCCCUGUAGAUUACUCAUGAGGUGGGGAGGUGGAGUGGACACCACACAGGACGUUGAUGAAUAAGAAAAAGGAAGCACUACCUUUUCAGCCUCCCGCCCCCAUUAUUUUCUAAUUGCAUUUGAUGGGUGUUCACUCAAGCAAGGCAAGCAGUUAGGUUCUCACCUAGUAGAACAAAACAACUGCAGUGGAGCAACUCAGCUCUCUGCUGGUUUACAAACCAUAUGGCACGAUUCGGAUCUUCUGUUUUUAUUACACUAAUCAAGACAUAUUUAUCUCAAGAUCUUUCACUGUCAAGGAUUCCAAUAACCAGAUCAAAGCCUCAUGUCUAGAACACCUCUUCCAACAUGGAAAAGCUUCAUUUUUCAGCUCAUUGGUGGUCACUGCAAUGGGAUCAGAUGUCCUACGCACCUCCAUCCCCAGGUAACCACUAUUCUGUUUUUUGGUGGUAAUCUAAAUUUUCUUGCUUUUUAGUUUUACUAUCUCUGGAUGAUCUCCUUAAAACAGUUUGCCUUUCUUUUUGCACCAGUGCAGUCCUACGGCAUGCAUUUGUGACUUGCUUUUGUUCAGUAUCAUAUUUGAGACAUACCCAUACUAUUGUGUUGAAGCUGUAGUCUUUUACUGCAUUGCGGCCAUUCUCUUGCAAAUUAUUGGACACGUGGGCUUCCAGUGAGGACUUUUGACAUUUUGUUGAUCAUGGAUUUUUUCUUGCAUUAAUUUCAGUUUUAUCCAAAUGGCUACCUAACUGUUCUACACUUUUACUAAAACGUCCCUCUUUUUCACACUGACCUCCAGUGCUACCCUUAAAGUGUCUAUUGUCUUCAUCUUAUUCUGUUCCCUUAGUGUAUACUUCUACACACGUGCCAAUAACAGUGUAAAUUCUACCACCUCUAGCUUUACAGUUAGGCCUUGACAGCUGACAGAACAAGUCCUCCAGUCAUCUUAUUCUUCACAAGUGUCUCUGCCGUUCUUGGCUCUUUGUCCUUCUAAGUGCACUGCAGAACUACCUUUGCUGAAUCAGAUUAACCUUCAUAUAAAGUUUUUACAUGGAACUUCAAAACUAUGAUUUUAGGCAAAGCUCUGAAAUGUUUUCUGGUUUAAAAAAAACAACACACCCUGCUGUGGUUCUUUAUGUUAAAAGCUGAACUCACUAGAGAUCUUCGCUCUAACCAAUAGCUCUAGCCUACCUAAUAGUUCAUGCAGUGCUGCCCUGGUUCUCUGUGUCAUGCACUGGAGGCACAACUGCCCCCUCACCAGGUACACAAAUGUUUCCUCUCCAAUCCCAAUUACAUCUUAGACCACAGGGAAGAAUUUAUAAAGCUUUCUCAAAGGGUCCUCAUCCAACAAAAAGGUACUGAAUACAUGUUUUUAAAUACACAGUAAAUCACAAACAAACAGCCCUCCCUAAGCACAAAACACUUCCAUGCUUUUUAAAGCCCAAAACACAAGUUCUAACAAACAGGUCUACUGACUCUGCCCUCAGGGAUGAACUACGCCUGUCAGACCUACCACCAGGAUGACAGGCUCACCUGGCAGACAGCAUGGAAGAAGGCCCAUUCUAGUUCUCUCUGAUAUAUUCAGAUAAACACCAGCAGGUAAACCAUCUUAACUAUCAGUUCAAAGUGGAGUUGAAGGAAUUCCCCGCUCCAAAUGAGUCACACUUCUGUGAAGGUGCUUGAAGUCCAAAUCCAGGUGAGUAAUUCUUCAUUAUUACCUUAAAGGAAUGAAACCAUGUGAUGGAGUCUGGGGUGGGGGAUGCCUAUUGGGCAACACGGGACAAAACUGAAAGCCAAAGAACUAGAUGCCUUUAGUCACGUGGGCAGGAUUUAUACACGUGGCUGCAGCCAGGAUGAAGGAGUCUUGGCCAUAGCUCUAAGCCCAGAGUCCUUCAGUUGGAGACGAUGGACUCCCCCCUCUUCUUACACAAGCUCAGAAUCAACGUUCAAGGCUGAAACACUUUUGGUGCAAUUUAACCCAGGGGUAAGUGCUAAAGAAGCUUGGCAAACAAACAAUUCCGUCUAUUAGCAGUAAGGCUCUUUCCAUCAUUACUUAAGUUUAUUCAACUUCAUCCUGAGGAAGACACAUAGUGAAAUAAUUUAUUACCCUCGCAA